CUAGCCUGGGGACAGGGACUUCCGAUCGGGAAAGUUUGCGACCGUUUUAUGACGGAACAGAAAAUGUUCUUUUGUUGGUGUUUUUCUGGGAAGCUGAAUUAGCCUUUGUUUGAUGAGGGCUUUCUGUGGUUUCUGUUUUGAACAGGGAACGGCCGCCUCUCAAUAGUGUCUCCCUUGUUGCUUUAUUGGAGUGUGGGUUUGUCAGGAUUGAAGCGGUGGCGGGGCCUGUGUGAGGGAGGCAGGCAGGCUUCACCCCGGCCGGGCGGGCGGGCAGCUUCAACCCUGUCUGCCUUCAGGCCGCACCCCCACCCCCGUUCUUCACUCAGAGGUUAAUCAUGGGCUCGGUGCUCAGCCGGAGGAUCGCAGGAGUCGAGGAUAUCGACAUCCAGGCCAACUCGGCUUACAGAUACCCACCAAAAUCCGGGAAUUACUUUGCAAGUCAUUUCUUCAUGGGUGGCGAGAAAUUUGAUACACCACAUCCUGAGGGAUACCUGUUUGGUGAGAAUAUGGAUUUGAAUUUCUUGGGAAACCGCCCUGUACAGUUUCCAUACGUGACGCCAGCUGCUCACGAACCUGUGAAGACCUUGCGCAGUUUGGUAAAUAUUCGUAAAGACUCUCUUCGCUUGGUCAGGUAUAAAGAUGAAGCUGACAGUCCGAAUGAAGAGAAUGCAAAGCCGAAAGUGCUAUACAGUGUGGAGUUCACCUUUGAUGCUGAUGCACGUGUUGCUAUAACAAUCUACUGCCAGGCAACAGAGGAAUUCCAGAGUGGUAUGGCAGUGUAUACAUCAAAGCAUCCUUGCAUGCAUUCUGAGACCAUCCAUUACAAAAGAGGGGUGAGCCAGCAGUUCUCGCUUCCUUCUUUUAAGAUUGACUUCUCCGAAUGGAAGGAAGAUGAGUUAAACUUUGAUCUAGAGAAAGGAGUCUUUCCUUUAGUCAUUCGGGCAGUGGUCGAUGAAGUGGAUGAAUACUCUGGGCAUGCCCAUAUUCUUUUGGCUGCAAUGGAAAAACAUGUCGAUGGAAGUUUUUCUGUGAAGCCGUUAAAGCAAAAGCAGAUUGUCGACCGAGUCAGCUAUUUACUACAAGAAAUAUACGGCAUUGAAAAUAAGAAUAACCAAGAAACAAAGCCUUCAGAUGAUGAGAACAGUGACAACAGCAAUGAAUGUGUUGUGUGCUUGUCUGACCUCCGUGAUACUUUAAUCCUUCCCUGCAGACAUCUGUGCUUAUGCAGCACCUGUGCAGAUACACUACGGUACCAGGCUAAUAACUGUCCUAUCUGCAGAUUGCCAUUUCGAGCAUUGUUGCAGAUCCGAGCUGUGAGGAAAAAGCCUGGGGCCUUGUCACCAGUUUCAUUUAGUCCUGUCUUAGCACAGACAGUGGACCAUGAUGACCAUUCAACAUCUGAGCACAUUCCUCCCGGAUUUGAGCCAGUUUCCCUACUGGAAGCUUUAAAUGGACUUCGAUCGCUUUCUCCAUCUAUCCCUUCUGCUCCCCUAUAUGAAGAAAUCAACUAUUCUGGGAUUGGGGAUGGCUUGUCUCCAUCAGGCAGGCAGCUGUCAGCAAUAGACAAGAUGGUAGAUAAUUGUCCCCAAAAACCCAAACUGAGCAAAUCCUCAGAAAGCAGUCUGCGGUCGCCAUCUUCUCCGAUACAAGAAGAGGAUGAAGAAAAGCUUUCAGAAGAUUUCGAUGUCCUGUUGCAAAAGAAUGGACCACAACGGCAAAAUGAAUCAAGCUCACUAGAAAGUACCGCACUUGCAGAACCGUCAGAAAUAUGCACACAAAAUCAAGUUGAGCGAACCCGCUCUGAGGAAAUUGUACAAGAUAGCAACAAUGAGCAUGGCAGCCAUGCUAAAGAAGAUGGUGAUAAUCCUCUAGAGAUGACUCUGCCAGCUCUGGGUCCUGAUUCCUGCUCAAUUGGUAUAGAAGAGUAAUUCUGGAACCUCAGACUCGACUGAAAGCCUGAAAAGCCAGAGCACCAACAGUUCAUCUCAGCCUCUUCUUGCUGCCUCCAGUUCUGUUCAUAUAGAGGAUGAGAACCAGGUCCUUUGAGAAUUUGAACCAACAACAGAAUGACCAAUUGCAUGUGCCAUGUAAGCUCCACUAUUCCUGUGUCACAGACAUGUCUUUAUGACGCACUUAACUGUCUUGUUUUGUAGCAGUUCACCAUGCUUCAUGGUGCGCUAAUUUGACAUUUGCCCCGUAUAUUUUUAAAAGAGACAUGUGACUCAAAACUUGUCCUAUAUAUCCAUUGACUUUAGCAGUUUGGCUAAUCUAUUCCAAACAAUGUUCAGACUUCUAAUUUACAAUGGUUAUUGUUCAGUUACAUCUUUCAAAACACAUUUUGCAGUAAUAGAAAACACUAAAUAGACACUUUAAACUUAAUUUCAUUCUACUAAUUACAGAGAAAACCAAGACAGCUCAGGUUUUCAUUUUUUUAAGAAAACAAUAUUAACACUUGGCAGUUUAGCUGAGAAAUUCAAUUAGACAAGGCUAAAAUAUAAUAUCCAAGACAUUUAUUUAUUCAUGAUUCCACUUAAUAUACAUUGAAGCUCUUUUGGAUUUUUGCAGCAUAGGAACUAACAUUUAGUAAUGCAUGAUUGGUUUAAAGAAACUUGCAUUUAUAAAACAGUAUCACACAUGUCCUGAGUUUAUACUUUGGACAGCAUCUACUUUAUCACCUGUGCAGAAUGAUUUUUUUUUCUUGCUCUAGUUCCUUUUUAAAAUUUUGCAUCUUUCCAAAACAUGCUGGACUGCCUGGCUUUACUCUUCCAUGUAUGUCUCAUGGAAACGAAACCAUGUUUUAGAAUAUUGCAUACUCUUAGACCAAUGUUCCAGGCCCUUGAAGUGUGUGCAGUUGAUUAUUUUCCAUUGCAACUUGUAGAGUAGAUAGUUUCUUCUGACUACCUUCAUGGACAUUAAAAAUGUUAAGCAUAAUCUGCAGUAGUACUUUAAUGCAUAGUUUGUGAUAUCUUGUUUAUCUGUCUACCAUUGUGGUAUUUACUGCACUAACAUACACAUGAAUAUGGCGGUAGAGUAUUGAAGAUUUGCAGCAAAUAUGGCCUAUAAUUUUACUCGAUGUUGGAGCAGCUGUAGCUCUCGCCUUCAAUAUGCCAUUGCCUGGGUUUUACAUUGCACCAAACCAAUCUAACUGCAUGAGAUUUUACUCGAUCGAUUCUCUAAUCUGAUUUUCAAAGAAGUUAUUUAUAAGUGAUAACUUUUAAUUUUAUCAGAGUUUAAUUUGGCCUUUUGCUUAAAAUCUUCACUACAGCUGCAUAGAUUUAACUGCUGAGAUUUAAUGCUAUUGCUACCAUAUGUCUAAGCAUUGAAUUUCUCCCCUAAAAUAUUUUCACAUUAAUUGUUGUUUGUUGAUUUCCCUUCUGUAAAAGAGAUUGUACUCCUUUUAUAGCUCAUUCUAUUUCUUCUUAACCAUUUAACCAGUUUUCCAUUAGAUUUUUAUGAAGGGCAACAUUGAUGUCAAAGCAAAUGGUAAACAUAUGCAGGUGAAUUAGAGCACAGAAAAAUAUUUGUAAUAGCAAAAAUGUUUUAAUGUUCUUUAUUCAGCAUACACCUCUGAUAGAUUAAAUAUGCUGUCUCUGAUUAUACCCAUGGUCUCUUCCCAACUCCAUUCAGCUGUACAAAAGAGAAAUGAUUAGCAUAUGUUUAAGGUUUAUCCACACUCAGCAAAAUGUGUGUGUUACCGUUUGCUGUAUUCACAUUAUUCUUGAAUGUUUACGAGUUUUGGUCAGGCUUAAGACUAUUCAGGUGAUGUUAAUACAGUAUAUUCAUUCAGCUCCAUCUGCUGACAUGGUGUCUUUACUCUGUGCCUUGUACCUGAUCUUAUGAUGAAAGUAUUUCUAAAAAAAAAUCUUGUCAUUUGAUCUGGUGAUUGUGAUUCAGCAAAAUCUGGAAUUUCAAACUGUUUUGGAUGAGAAUACAAAUUUUCUAUAUGCUGUACUGUAAAUAGAUGCUUAGUUGAAUGUAUUGUGAAAUGACAUUGAAAACAUACAUGAAAAGCAUAAAGUGGGUUAUCCUUCAGAAUCACGUUGAAGUUUGUCUAUUGUAGAUUUUACUAUUUAGUCACUCACUUCCAUAGAGCUUCAUUGUUGCAUUUAUUAAAGAAUGUAUCAAGUGCAUCCUUUUAAAAGAUUGAAGAUUUUCACUGUAAUUUCAUAUAAAUGUGAUUUUGCAUUUGUUUGUAGUAUAAUGUAUUGUAAUAAAACGUAGCAAGCAACACUAA